AUGCUCAGAAACCCAGCCAAUCAGAACCUUACUCAUGAAGUUUUGUCUACCUUAAUGGCAGAAGUCGGCGCAAUAAUCAACGCAAGGCCUAUCGUACCAGUUUCCACUGACCCAAACUCACCGUUCAUUCUUACACCAUCAGUUCUGUUAACACAGAAGACUGGGACCAUGACACAGCAUCCUGCGGAGUUGGAUACCAAGGAGAUGUAUCGUUCCCAAUGGAAAUACGUUCAGAUCCUGGCGAACACCUUUUGGAAACGUUGGAAAUCUGAUUACUUGUCAACUUUGCAGUCAAGACAGAAGUGGGAGUCCGUGAAUGAGAACUUGAAAGUCGAUGACAUCAUUCUCUUACACGACGGAGAUGUACCCCGUAAUCAGUGGCCCCUGGGAGUGGUGUUGCGUGUGUUCCCUAGCGACGAUGGCAUGGUCCGAAAGGUGGAAGUACAAGUUGUUCGAGGCGAUGCAAAGACUGUAUAUGUUCGCCCUGUGUGUGAAAUUGUGAAACUCUUGUCUGUGUAA